UCCUGUUUGCCUUUUCCAUGCAGGAGUUCAGGUUUAUACAUCAAAGCAUCUGUCAGCUUGCUGCACUGGGUAACUUCCACAUAGAGAUCUGAUGUCAGUGUUAGUGCUUUAACAAAGUCUGGGACAGAGAACUUCAACACCACCAAAGCCAGUAUACUAGAAAAUAGAGGCUCUGACAAGAGUGAUCUUAAGGUUCCAAGGGAAACGCUAUACCAGAGGUGAAAACUAGUGCUAAAAUUGAAAAGACAAGUGCACACAGCUACAAUGCAGACAGCUAACAUGGAAACACAAGUCAAGGACAGCACAAAGGAGGAGGAAAUAAGAAGCUCUGAGUUAUUUGAAUUAAUCAUGGAAACAGAAGCACAGGCAGACAUCAAGGGCUUUAAUGUUGCUGGUGGAGGGAAGGAUGGAGUAUUUAUCAAACAGUUACUAAAAGAUUCUCCAGCUGACAAAAAAAUGGAGCUUAAAGAGGGUGAUCAGCUGCUAAGUACAACAGUCUACUUUGACAAUGUUAAGUAUGAAGAUGCUGUGAGAAUUCUGCAGUGUGCACAACCAUACAAAGUGUCCUUUUGCUUGAAGAGAACCAUCCCUGGUAAUGAAGUUACUGUGCCUUCUGGUUCUGAAAGUUUGGAUGUCAAAGAAACAAAGGCUAAGAUAUCAAAAAUGGCUGUCAAAAGCAUUACACCAGUCAGAAAGAAGAAGAAAACAUUAAUAAAAGGCAGUGGAGAAGUUUCAGAUGAGGCGGCUGUUAAGACCAGUACAGAUGCUGUUGAAAUGUCAUCAAGUAAGUCUCCAGCUGAUGUGGAAUUUUCAUUACCUAAAUUUUCUAAGUUGAAAAAAGGAAAAGGCAUACUGGGUGCUGACAUUGCUUACUCCUCUGAAGUUCCAGAUUCAGAUACAAAAAAAAAGAAACUAAAAUUUCCAAGGUUAAAGGUAAAAGAAGUAGGAGCUACAAAAGAUGUGGCCGUGGAACCAAAACAGCUGGAGGGUCAGAGUACUUCAUCCCCAGCCAAUAUAAAGCUAGAAACUGAAGAUGAAGCUAAACCCAAAGACAGAGCAUCUAUAUUUACUAUACAUUUUCCAAAAAGCAAGAAGGUAAAAGCUGACACAAUUCUUCCAAAAGGUAAAUGUGAGAUCAGUGGUUUAGAGAUAAAGGAAAAAAUGGCAUUUAAACCCCCAGAUGUUGAAGUGGGUGUAUCUUUACUGAGGCCUAAAGCAGAAGGUCCACAUGCAAAAGAGUCACGUGACAAUGCAAUAUCAGAGGUUACUAUGAAGGAGGAACAUUUCAAAACCAGAUUCUCAAAGCCUAACACAUCUACAAAGACAUCAGAUCUUGCCAUUAAAGACCAAGAAGUAGAAGGCAAGCUGAAGAUGCCUGAUAUUAGAGUUCCCAAAGUUGAAAUUUCUUUGCUUAAAGGCACAGUAGAAGGAGAAGAAAAUAUUUCUGUAACCUCAGCUGAACAAGAAGCACUGAAGUCUGAUCAGAACCUUAACCUUGUAGAUAAGAUUCUAUCUUUAGAGAUAUCUGCCCCUGUCCUAGCUCAAAAGGCAGCAAAGGAGAUGGAAACAGCAGAAUCCAAAGGAACAGACACCGCAACUGGAGGUACAGGUGGGAUAGGAGAACAUUUCAGACUAAAAAUGCCCUCAGUUGGUAUAUUUGAUAAAAAAACAGACACAGAUAUAGUAGAAACAAAACUACAGUCUAAAGAAGAAACCGACUACUUACGGACAAAAGAAAUGAUUCAAAUGCCAGAAGUCACAUUUCCUGAUUUUGGAAUUCUGUUAUCAAAAGCUAAGAAGGUAGAAAGCCCUGAAACCAAGCACAAAGCAGGAAUGAAACUACCUUCUCUAGAAAUAUCUGCACCAAAGGUUGAAGUAGAUACAAGAGUUCCAAGGGGAAAGACAGACACUGACAUUCCGCCAGUAGAUAGAAGUGGUGAGAUCUCUGAAGUAAAAUUGAAAAUACCUAAGGUAGAGCUCCCACAUUUUGGAAUUACAGGAUCUAGUAGUAUUGUGGAAGUACAGCAGGAGCCUUCUAAAGCUGAUAGAGAGAUGAAAGUACCAUAUGUAGAAAGUAAGAAAACUAAAAUCGACAGUGCAGAUCCUAAGAGACCCAAAGGUAUGAUACCAAGUGUUGAAAUUUCUUUACCUAAAGAAAAACUUGAUGUUUCUAUACCUACAGUAGAAGGAAUAAAAAUUCUAGAAGGGGACAGCAAGGUAAAGAUGGCAUUUGCUACCGCUAAAAUGCCCUCCCUUGAUGUUUCUUUGCCCAAAGCUCCAAAUAUAGUAAUUGAAUUACCAAAAGCAAACUCAAAGAUGCCAGGACCAUUUUCUGAAGGAGACUUUGAUACAGGUGGUUUUGAAAUGAAAACUGACACUGACUUGCCAGAACUGAAAUUUAAAAUGCCAAAAAUAUCUCUGGCUUAUUGUGAUUCUUCAGAUAAGGAUGGAGAGCCUGAAGAUGGUCCUGUUGUUACUACUGCAAGAACUCAAAUUGACAUUAAAGCACGCGCUACAAAGCCAGAUAGUGACCUCUAUGCUGCAGAUAUGCAAGAGUCAAAACUAGCAUUCCCGAAAUUAGGCAUUUCAUUGCCUAAAAUAAAAGUAGAGCCUGAUGCAUCAGUACAACAUACUGAUAUGGAUAUUUCCGAAGCUAAAUCCCAACUUACCAUUACUGAUCUUGAUAAAAGAAAAACUGACAUGGAUAUAAAAGACGCUGACUCGAGACAUAGCUUUCCUUCUGUAAAAAUACAAACACUUGAUAUCAGUAUGCCUGAAGUAGAAAUUGAUAUUGGUACCCCACUGAUCAAAGAAAGUGCAAAGAGACUGGAUGACACAGUAGAAGAGAGAUCGGAGAGGCCAGACAGCAAGCUGCAUUUGACCAAAGUCUCUCUUCCAAAAUUUGGAGUGAAGACUAAAGAAGUAGAUGACACAACAGCUUCUGCAAAGGUAAAAAGUGAGAAAAAGGUAACAAAACUUGAAACAGAAGUUACACGAAUUGCUACUAAAUGUACAGGUGUAAAGGUAGAAAGCAGCAAAGUAGCACUGCCAAUCAUAGGAUUUGCCUUUACAAAAGAAAGUGAAUCCAAUAGCAGAUCUUUAAAACCAGAGAUAAACAUUUCUGAUGUAAAUCUGGAUUGCCAUACAGAACCUGAAACUUCAGGAACAAAAAUUAAAAUUCCUACACUUGAAGUGGUACAUCUUGCUGUAUCAGCACCUAAGAUACCAGAUAUGGACAUUGAUAUAAGCACGCAGAAAGAUAAAAUAUAUGCGAAAGAAGGAGAGAACACUGGUACUAGCAGCCCAUCAUCAGAAAUAAGUACUGAAAGAGCUGAUGCUAAAUGUAAAUCUUCAAAAUUCUCACUUCCAAAAUUUGGUAUAUCUGGGUUUAAAGGCAAAACAGCAGAAAGGGAUAUCAAAGCAACACCAGCAGAAGAAGAAGAAAUGAAAAGUCCUGAUGCUAAAAUAAAAAGAUCUAAAUUAAAAAUGCCAACAUUUGCAAUAUCACUUCCAAAGGGUAAAACAGAACAUUCUUUCACAGACACAUCAAAUGUUUACGGACUAGCAGAAGAAGUUAGUUUAAACAUAGCUGACAGUUCAAUAAAAAAACAAAAAACAAAAAGUAAGCAUGAAAGAGCAGAAGCAGAUAUGCCAUCUUUGGACUCCAAAGUUACAAUGCCUAGUGUUAAACUGCCUAAAGUGGACAUUUCAGCUCCAAAGUUUGACAUAGAUAUAGGCUUACCUAAAACUACAACUGAUGGAGCAGUGCAAUUGCUAUGCACUAAAUCAGAAAAGCCUUCUGAAAUGAAUAUUGACUUUCCAGACAUAAAGGUAAAAUUACCUAGAUUUUCCAUGCCAAAAAUUGGGUCAAAAAAUAAGGGCAGUGAUGUAGAAGCAAAUUAUGAAAGAACAAAAGGACAUGUAAAAGUUACACAUCCAAAUAUUGAAACACAAUCACAAAAUAUUAGUAAAUUGAAGGAUAAAGAAGGUAAGGAGAAAAUGCCAAUAAUUAAAAUACCUUUUGGAAAGUUAACAGUAAGUGCUGAUGAUUCUGUGCAAGUAGAUACAAAAAGGCAGGAAGCAGAUGCUGAAGCUUCAGAUACAGCUAAAACAACAUUUAUGAAGAUGCCUAAAUUAAUUAUUUCCCCUCCUAAAAGCAAAAUUAAAGAAAAUGAAACAAAAAUAGAAACUAAGUUUAAAGAAGACAAGGUUUCUGUAUGUGCUGAGGCCCGUGCUUUGAAGCAUAAAGUAGAAUUAGGACAUGAAACUGAAGGUCCUGAUAUCAAGAGUACAUCAAGCAAGAUUAAAAUGCCAUCAUUAGAAAUUUCUCUUCCUACUGAUAAAUUAGAGGAAAGCAGGUUAGCUGAAGUAUGUGUUUCUGAUGCUGAAAACAAGGAAUGUGAGGGUGAGACAAAGAUACGUGUUUUGCCAAUUGAUAUUUCUGCACAUAAAUUUGGGAUUGACAUCUGCUUGCCUAGAGGUAAAUCUGGACCUUCAGUAGAUUCUGGCAUUAGUUUAAAGCAUGAAGAAAAGGGAUUGCUGUCUGAUUCAGAUGUUGAUGAAUCUGAAAUAAAGCUGAAAAUGCCUAAAGUUGAACUGCUGAAAUUUAAAUCAAAAGAAAAAAUGAUAGACACACAGAUUACUGAAGGUCAAAGAGAAGGAUCACGAGUUGCAGCUCCUUGUCAUAUCACCAUGGGUGAAAAGGUGCCUUUUGAUGUAACACAGCCAGAAGAUGAAGCAGAUGAUAAAGUCAUGGCAAAGACCACCAAAGGAAAAAUGCCUACAGUUGAUAUGUCAUUGCCUUGGACUAAAUUAUGUGAUGCUGAUAUAUGUGUGAAUAAAGGAGAAUGUGCAUUUCAGGAACUCAUAGUUAAAGAAGUGGACACAGAAGACAAAUUUAAGCUUCCAAUGGUAGAAUUGUCAACGUUUUCCACAACUAAGGGCAAAGCUUUUGAUGUCACUGCAUCAACUCAUCCUGACAAGACAAAGUGUGCAAAACGUGAAGAAAUAAGUCCUAAACAAGAAAGGCAUAUUGGUUUACCACAUGUAGAGUUAAGCAUGAAAGGGCCCACCAUGAAAAGUUCUCAGAUUUCUAGGUCUCCAAAAGAAAAGGCUAAGAUAGGUGUUGCCAUUGGGAAAGCUGCAGAUGCCAGUGCAGCUACAGAUGUUGAAAACCAUGGAAGUAAAUUUAAAAUAAAAGUGCCAGAAUUUGGCAUUUCCUUUGGAAAAGAUAAAGCUGAUGCUAUCACUACUGAGUCUCAGGAGAUUCAUUGUCCAUCAUUAACAGACAUGGCACAACACAGACUUAAAAUUAUUAAACUGGCAAUGCCUGAAGUUGGGUUUUCUGUAACUGAAAACAAAAUGAAUACAGAACCUAAUACUUCUACUAAUUUGGAUGUAAAUGCCAGAGGCCCUUUAAAAGUGGAUGAAACAUCAAAAAGUGUGGUUUUGCCAGAUGCAAAGGUAGGUAGUUUGGAGCUUGGAUUAAAUAUGCUUAGUUUUAAAGUACCUAAAGUUGGAAUUUCAGCUGAAAAAGAAACAGCUGAAGGAUAUGAAACUAAGCAUCUAGAGAAGGAGGAUUCUGAUGAAAAGUCUAAAAGGCAUUUAUUUCAACUACACAACACUGAGCUUUCAAUUCUUAAAGAAAAAGAAAACACUGAUUUUGAAAUAAAGGGUUUAAAUGUUGAUACUGAUAUCUCUGACAUCAACAAUAGCAUUCAAGAUACUAAAAUAAAAAUUCCCAAUGUUACACUUCCAUCACUUGGGUUUUCCCACUCUGGCACAGAUAAAGACCAAGUCAUUUCCAGACAUACUAUUGUCUUCAAAGGAGAUGAAGAGUUAAAAUAUGAUCACAAAAUCUCAAGGGUUACUUCUAGUGUGCCUGAGAUUAAAGCAACUUUUCCAGGGGGAGACCCAGAAAAAACAAAUGCACUUACAUUGCCUAAAAUUGAACUGAUGUUUUCCAAAGUAAUGCAGUCAGAAGCAGUGGUCGAUACUUCAGGAAGUGCUACAAAAUCUGAUGUUGAAGGAGCAGAUAAACGAGGUAAAUCAAAACAAACAUGUGCUGUUGUUCAAGCAGCACAUAAUGAUCAUGGGGUAAAUGGUGGCAAAAUGAAAAUAUCUAAAGUUAAAAAAGGUGUGCUUGCAUUGUUGAAUUCCAGAGACAAAGAUGCAGAUCAUUUUGAUAUCCCUGAAGACUCUGAUAUGGUAGACAAAGCUGGAAAAGUAUUGCUCAAUGCCAAACCAUUUGAAGCUAAACUGAAAAUACCCAAGAUAAAGAUGAAACCCACAUUUGGAAACUCUCACCCUAAAUCGAAGGGCUGUGUUAUUAACGGAGAACUUGAAGUUUCAAUUCCAAAGGAUGGGGAAGAAAAUGAAGUAAAAUCUUCAAAACUGAAAUUUCCAAAAGUUGCUUUUUCUUCUUCAAAAUCAGGGUCUGUUGACAUCAAUGUCAAUGGAACAGCUUCAUCUGAUUCAGAUUGGGUUGGCAUUGGAGAAAGUCAGUCAUCUUUCCAAAACAGAUACAAGGCAAAACAGGACAAAAUACAGCUACCAAAAGUAGAAUUUUCUACCCCUCAUUCUAAAAGGAAAGAGGGUGAUUUGGAAAUGGGCAUUAACCUUAUCAGGACAGAAGACUCUGGCUCAGAUGAGAACACAAAUCAUAAUGGUGUUUAUUCAGUUAAAGCAUCCAAAUUAACCAGAAUAUCAAUUCCUGGAUUAAAAAAGAGAAGUGAGAGCGAUCCAUCUAGUGGCAAUGUAUCAUCAGAAAUGGUAGUAAUGGAAAAAGGUGAUGACAAAUCAAGCAUAAAAUCUCCUAAGAGUAAAAUAGCUCUAGGUUUUAUCUCAAGUAAAUCAAAAGAAAACUACUGUACAGAUAGUAUGAGUGAAAGUGGAAAAGAUAAGUCAGAGAGCAAAGAAAAGUCAGUUAAAUUCAAGAUUCCAAAAUUUUCACUAAGUCCAAAAUCCAGAGGAGUAUUUUCAAUUAUAUCAGAUCAUUCUCAAUCUGAAGAGUCCUCUGGCUGUAUGCGGCAAGCCCAUAAAGAUGAAGAUGUCCCUGCUGGGUUCAAAAUGCAGAUGCCAAAGAUUGGAUUUAAAAUACUCACUGAGGAACAAUCUUCAGAAGAGCAGGUCCAUGAACAGAAGAAAGGCAGAUACAGUAUGGUGUCAACUACAAAACAAAUAAAGACUGAUUCUGCAAUGGAAAAAGCAACCACCAUUUAAAUAUAAAGCCAGAGAAAUGUCUUAAAGUAAUUAACAGGAAACAUGUUGACCCUGGAGCUGCUGCUUAGUGCUAACAACUUCAUAUCUUGCUAAGAGUUAAAAACAAGAUGACUAAGGAUCUCAUUUUAUAACAAUUCUUAUUUGCAAAUUCAUAUUUAUGCACACUCAAAGUGUUAAAGGAUCCUAGUGGGUUAUAUUAUUAAUUCAACACGUCUGUGCCUUACCAUCACUGUGUUAAAGGAUCUUAGUAUGUUACAUUAUUAAUCCAACACAUUGGUGCAUGCUUCUCAGUGUGUUAAAGGAGCCUAGUAAGUUACAUUAUUAAUCCAACACGUCUCUGCAUGCCCGACACAGUGUUAAAUGAGUGCAGUGAAUUACAUUAUUAAUCCAACACAUCUGUGCAUGCCUGACACAGUGUUAAAUGAUUGUAGUGAAUUACAUUAUUAAUCUAACAUCUAUGCAUGCCCCUUACUGUGUUAAAAGAUAUUAGUGGGUUUCAUUAUUAAGCCAUCACAUUUGUCCAUGCAGAUCUAAGUCAGUUAUAUUAAUAACCCAAUCCAUCUGUGCUUCACCUUGACUGUCUUAAAGGACGUUAGUGGGUUAUUUUAUUGAUCAAUCACAGCUGUGCAAGCCCUUCACUGUGUUAAGGAUCUUAGUGGGUUAGAGUAUUAAUCCAACAGAUGUUAACAAGAAAGCUUUUUUUCCACAUUUUUAAAACAGAAUUUUUUGGACCCCCAAAUCUCCAUAAAUAUUAACCACCUUCAUUGCCUACUAUACCACUCAUUCACCAUUCUCCUGGUAUCUAAAGACAUCAAGCAGUUUGUUUACAGCCAGGGAUUACAGCCACCAACCACUGAAGUUUUGAAAAUGUUUAUGUGCUUCUCUUCCAGUAUCUUUGUUGACUAAUAAGUGUUGUAAAGUACCUGCUACGCCAAGCUGAAUCAAUGCAGACUUUCACACAGCCAUGAUGCUUGGUUAGACUGCUAGUUCAUUCUGUACGGGGUUUACUUUCCUUGGUCCUCGUACACUUGCAGUUGUAGCUCUGGACCUUACUCCAGAUGAUGCUACUGCAGUAGGGCUUUCUAGCUUUCAUCUGCCUGGAAUGGAUAUCCAUCAUCCACUCUAGCAUAGGAUGACAGUGAGACCCACGUCAUCCAUGAUGUAGUCAGGGCCCAGAGCUCUGUACUGUGGAGUCAGUAGAAUAUGUCAAAUGUUUAAAUCUUAGCUUCCUGUUUUUUUUUUUUUUAAGAUCAGAGAUUUGUCUAUAUUUAUAAUGCACUUAGUACAUCAAUUAUAAUUAAUUUUUAAUAUUUAUGAAAAUACAAAUACAGAUGUAUAGUGUCAUUGACUAGUACCCUCUUUGUUAAACCAGUAAAUUUUGUGUCAUACUGUUAUAUCAUGUUCUUAAGAAAAUACACCAGUAGUUUACUUUGUAUUAUUUUAGUAACAUUAAACAUGAUCCAAAUGUUUUGUUACAUUUAUGUGGGAUUGGAGAGCAAAAGCUUUGCGCAAUAUGCAUCUCUAAUCAAGUGUUAUUUUAACAGACAUAAAAUACUCUGUUAUCAAGUCAAAAAUGCAGUCAGUCCUUUUGAUUAUCAAGCUAAAAAAUUUAGAGAAAUGAAUUCUAACAGCCUAAUCAGAUUAAAGAAUAUAAAACUGA